AUGAUCCACAGCUACGUUGGCCUCGUCGGGUUCUCGCUCAUGCUGUACGACUACUUCCUCACAUUACCUGACGAGAUCGAGUUCAUUUGGAACUCGCCCCUCUCGACGGUCAAGGUCGCGUUUCUCCUCAACCGAUACGGCAAUCAGGCGGGGCAGGUGUUCAUUCAGGCGGAGGAAGUGCUCCUGAUCAGCCACGGUUCACACUCGUUUUGUGUGGGUUUAAAUACUUUCAGCACUGCGUUCCUGCUUUUUGCUGCUGCGACAGUUCAUAACGACCACUUUCAGCACCUGAAGAACGUCCAGACGUGCGUGAGGAACGUCUCGGGCCGACGGUGGAUCCGGUGGAUGACUUGGUACGUCCCCAUCACCAAGACUCCGUAUACACUAGGCAUGGCGCGGAUGCUCACGCGUAUGCGCAGCGUGGUUAUAGAUAUCGUCAUAUUUGUGUUUACCAUGCACAGCCUACGCCAGCUUUCCAAAGAAAACAAGGGCGUAUACCCGUCGCGGCUGCGACGAGUCCUCUUUCGCGAUACCAUCCUACUUUUUCUUGUUAGCGUAUUCAUCGAUACGUUUGCGGUUCUGACGUGGUCGGUAUACGAGCACGAUCCGCGUUACUUUCUCUAUGCAAGCUUCUCGAUGCCGCUCCUGUGCGUCUCCGGUCAGCGCCUCGUGCUCAACCUCCGCGCGCUCAAGCAGCCGAGCUUCACAACGCAGGACCUGAGCAAGGUCGUCGACUACCAGCUCCGCGCACUCGAGGCGCGCGCGAACGACCGGCGCAACCAAGAUCCGCCAUAUAGCCAUCAGCGUGGUGGCGGCGCCGACGAGGAGGAGAACGGUGGUGUCGAGAGAGAGGUUGCGGAGCUGGGUGAGGAAGAUAUCAGUUCGUUGGAUCAGGAGCACCCGGGUGACGGCAGGUUCGACAAGGAGAUAUCCAUUCGUAGCCGGACACCAACGGAGAAGACGGCGUGGCAAGCUGAGAAUGCGUCGGACGGGCGUGGUAUUAGCAGUGCAAAGUGA